AUACCCUUAACUGGAACAACGAAGUUUUUCUUGGAUUUGGUGUUGGUUUAUCAGUUGGUCCGUGUAAAAGGAACUCUCGGUUCCUGAUAACGUUUCGCCAACAUGGGGAAAGAUGGGUACAUCACAGAAGAAUUUCACGAUACCAACGAGGAUUCAAAUUCACCGGAAUUUAAAAAGUUGAACAAGAAGGAGAAGAAGACCGAGGAUUUAGAUGAUCUCAAGAAGGAGAUGGACAUGGACUGGCACAGGAUAUCAUGGGAAGAAGUGUGCACACGUCUCGAAACAAACGUGGAAACCGGUUUGACACAAGAAAAGUACGAAGAGAUCUUUGCAAGGGAAGGUCCCAACUGUCUGACCCCUCCUAAAACCACCCCCGAGUGGAUCAAGUUCUGCAAACAGCUGUUCGGUGGUUUCUCUACCCUGCUAUGGAUCGGAGCCAUUCUCUGUUUCUUCGCUUACGGCAUCCAGUCGUCAAAGUAUGUGGACCCAGCUGAGGAUAACCUGUAUCUGGGAGCCGUGCUGACGUUUGUUGUCGUGGUUACCGGAAUCUUCGCUUACUACCAGGAAGCUAAAUCCGCCGCCAUCAUGGACAGUUUCAAAAAGAUGGUACCACAAGAAGCUACGGUAGUCCGUGGAGGAGAAACCACCAUAGUUAACGCUGAGUUGAUUACUCUGGGAGAUUUGAUAGAAGUGAAAGGAGGAGACAAACUCCCCGCUGAUAUCAGGAUCGUUAACUGUUCUGGAUUCAAGGUUGAUAACUCCUCUCUGACCGGAGAGUCUGAACCCCAGUCCCGUGGAAGUGAGUGCACUGAUGAUAACCCCAUUGAGACCAAGAACCUUGCUUUCUUCUCAACCAACGCUGUUGAGGGAGCUGCUCGUGCUGUCGUUAUCUCCUGUGGUGAUAACACCGUCAUGGGUCGUAUCGCUUCUCUUGCUUCAUCACUCGGAUCGGACCAAACCCCUAUCGCCAUUGAGAUCGAACAUUUCAUCCACAUCGUGUCUGGAGUAGCUGUCUUCCUCGGAGUUUCCUUCUUCUUCCUCGCCUUCAUCCUGGGAUACGAACCUAUUGAGGCUGUUGUCUUCCUUAUCGGUAUCAUUGUCGCUAAUGUGCCUGAGGGUCUCCUGGCUACUGUCACUGUGUGCCUGACUCUGACUGCUAAACGUAUGGCAAAGAAGAAUUGUCUGGUAAAGAACUUGGAAGCUGUAGAGACUCUUGGAUCUACCUCUACCAUCUGCUCUGAUAAAACCGGAACUCUUACCCAAAACAGAAUGACAGUCGCUCACGUGUGGUACGAUAUGAAGAUUCUUAAGGGAGACACUGUUCCUGGAAAGAAAGACAGAGAAUUUGAUAUUAAUGAACCAACCUGCGCUGGCCUGAUCAGGAUUGCCUCUCUAUGUAACAGAGCUAUCUUCCUUUCUGGACAGGACGACAAGGAUAUCCUCAUGAAGAAUUGCCAGGGAGACGCGUCCGAGAGCGCUCUUCUAAAGGCUGUUGAGAUUGCAUGGAAUGAUGCAGGUACCAACACCAAAGAUGUCCGAGAGAAACAUAAGAAAGUGAUCGAGAUUCCUUUCAAUUCUACCAACAAAUAUCAAGUGUCUGUGCACGAGAUGCCCGCUGGUGGUGAACAUGAAGAUCAACAUUUACUUGUAAUGAAGGGAGCUCCUGAGAGAAUCUUAGACAGAUGUACCUCAAUCCUUAUUGACGGUGAAAUUAAAGACAUGCCUGCCGACAGCGAAGACCGAGCUAAAUUCAACGCUGCAUACAUGGAACUUGGAGGAAUGGGCGAACGUGUGCUUGGAUUCUGCCACACUUACCUCGACGCGAAAGAGUACCCCAAAGGAUAUGCUUUCGACAACGAAAAUAUUAACUUCCCUCUGGAAGGACUCACAUUUGUGGGGCUAAUGGCUAUGAUUGAUCCUCCACGUGCUAACGUCCCUGAAGCUGUUGCAAAGUGCAAAUCUGCCGGUAUCAAAGUUAUCAUGGUUACUGGUGAUCAUCCUAUCACUGCCGCUGCUAUUGCCAAGAACGUCGGUAUCAUCAGCCCCGAGUCCAAGACUGUUGAUGAUGUUGCUAAAGAUAUGGGAAUCCCAGUCGAAGAAGUUGAUCCUAACCAAGUUAACGCUGCUGUGCUCCACGGCUCCAAACUGAAAGAAAUGUCCGCCGAAGAGCUCGACAAUCUUCUUGAAAAUCAUCAAGAGAUUGUGUUCGCCCGAACCUCCCCACAACAGAAGCUGAUCAUCGUAGAGGCAUUCCAGCGUGCAGGCCAGAUUGUGGCUGUCACUGGAGAUGGUGUUAAUGAUUCACCUGCUCUCAAGAAAGCUGAUAUUGGUAUUGCUAUGGGUAUCGCCGGAUCUGACGUCUCCAAAGAGGCCGCUGACAUGAUCUUGCUUGACGACAACUUCGCAUCCAUCGUCACUGGUGUCGAAGAGGGCCGUCUCAUUUUCGAUAACUUGAAGAAAUCCAUCGCUUACACUCUUACCUCGAACAUUCCUGAAAUAUCUCCUUUCCUCUUCUUUAUCGUGCUUUCAAUUCCUCUUCCUCUAGGAACUGUCACUAUCCUGUUCAUUGAUCUGGGAACUGAUUUGUGGCCUGCUAUAUCUCUGGCUUACGAGAAGGCUGAAUCUGACAUCAUGUUGAGGGCACCACGUGACCCUCUCCAGGACAGACUUGUCAACGAAAGGCUGAUCUCUGUAUCCUAUGGUCAAAUCGGUAUGAUCCAAGCUUCAGCUGGGUUCUUCGUCUACUUCGUCAUCAUGGCUGAGAACGGAUUUAGACCAUCUAAACUGUUGGGUAUCCGUAAAGAUUGGGACAAUAUCCAUUACGAAUCUGUAGAAGAUUCUUACGGUCAAGAAUGGUCGUACGCAGACAGGAAGAUUCUAGAGUACACCUGUCAUUCUGCCUUCUUCGUCAGUAUCGUUAUCGUACAGUGGGCUGAUGUCAUCAUCUGUAAAACGAGAAAGCUCUCCGUAUUCACUCAGGGAAUGAACAACUGGGUGCUGAACACGGGAAUAAUAUUCGAGACCUUAUUGGCCGCCUUCAUGUGCUACACUCCUGGUCUUGAUAAAGCUCUUAGAGUAUAUCCUCUCCUGUUCUGGUGGUGGCUUCCUGCCCUGCCCUUCUCCCUGACUAUCUGGUUAUACGAUGAGGGGAGACGUUGGCUGUUAAGGAAAUACCCCGGAGGUUGGGUCGAAAAGGAAACCUACUACUAAUCGACGACGCUCGUAGAAUUGAAAUUAUAAUUCUAGCUGAAAAAGAAACCCUGAACGCUACACCGAGUUUUACGUUCACGAUUCUAUUUAACAGCAAAAAUUUUAAAAAUUGUAAUUACCAAAACUUACAAUCACUACUAUCCACAAAUUAAUUUCAAUAGACUGCAAUGGAUCCGAACAGUUAAUGAUCUAAAUUUUUUCCGGAAAUGUAUCAUACAUAUUUUUUAUUAUUGAAACGACAGUCCGUUAGUAAGUUGAAAAAAGAAGGGUCAGUUUCCAAAUAUGGCGUCGAGUCCUCCUAAAUGUUCACGUGCUGUUUUCAAGCGGGGUGAUGCUAUUAAACUUAGUGCUUAGUUUUAGGCAUAGGAGAUUUAUAUUUAAUUGUGGCGCAGUGUUAUGAAUUUGCUUUUGAUAAAUGUAAAGACUAACUUUCCUAACGUAUACGGUUCAAGAACGGUCGGUUAGUGGUAAGGGUUCGGUAUUAACUCAUCUGAUUACAAUAGGCAGGAUGGUCUUAAUCUAAAAACUUACAAUGAUAAAUCAACGGAAAUUAAUAUAAAAUUAACAUCAUACUUGACGAUUUACUUCGCUAUUCUCGUUAAUCUUUACAAUAUUUCUUUAUUUUUCUACUAAUUUAUUAUCGGUAGCUCGUACUAUUAAAUAAGUUGUUACUGCUAGCAGGAGGGCGGUGUGUCUAAUCUACCGUGCACCGCUUCCCCGCCGGCCACAACAGCUGUUUGCUGUUCGAGGAUUUGUCUUUGAUUGCGAUUUCAGUUUGUUAAUUUUGUUUCCCAUUUGAGAUUGUCGCGAGAUAGAUUUGCAAGGAGUUACCACUAGGAGUUAUCUGCCAGGGCCACGCCAAGUAUUACAAUAUAUAACGUGAUAUUAUAUUGCUAUUAUAUUCAGUAAAAA